AUGGCGUAUUACGUAAUCAUUCGGGGUUCGACCUUCGCAGCUGAGGAUCCGUUGUUAUUUCCAUUGUUGGUGGAUAGGUUACAUAUGCUGGUGUCAGCUCCAGAGAAUGUUGAAAAUCAGACAGUAGGCGUGACAAUGGAUAAAUUGAAACUAUGUUCUUCAUUAGCUACAGCUUUGUCGUUGCUGCUGCACGAAACAGGAGUGAUACCUGGCCGUAGUUAUCAUCUCACCAAGAAUAACGGAUACACGUUGCGAAAGUUGAUUCAAGUUCUGACCAGAAUCCCCUGGAUUCCACUACCUUACCGUGACAGUACAUUUGCUGUUGUGACGUCCCACAGUAGAUUGUCUAGCCAAGAAUGGGAAACUUUAAGAGAGGCCCCGUUAAUUCGAUCUGUGGUAGAAUUGACCAAUGCUUGCACUGGAACGAUGUAUCAGCUGAUAUUAUUGGUUCAACAGGGAAAGGAACUUGUUUCUCGGCAGUGUUCAUUUAACCUGUCUUGGAUAGUUCAACUAGUGGCCAGCUCUAAAACAUCCAUAGCGUAUAUGUAUCGCUUGAUGAGCCAGAUUAUUAUGAGAGUGUUUCCAGAAUAUCAAGCACUCAUUACGCCCAUCCAGUGUGUUCUUCUGUACAAACACUUCUAUGUCCUGAUGACACUGAUAACCCACAGCAAACGGCUUGCACAGCACGUGCGUCUCACUUAUUUAGAAGAAUUCAGACAUGGUAUUGUGGAACCAUGUGUUAUGCCUGGUAAUGAGCAUAAUAGUGACCCAGACGAUGAUGAUGAUGAAAGCAUAGGUAAUAUGAUGGAUGCUUUUGAUAUUGAGGAAGUGAAACAACGUGCUAAUAGCUAG